AUGGUGGAUGGCAAUUUUACAUGGGUUAAGGGUCGGGGAACAGAAUCAUGGGUAGAGGAACGGCUGGACAGGGCGAUAGCAACGGUGGAGUGGAUGGAAAUCUAUGAAGAAGCAGUGGUCCGUAAUCUCUUUACGAUUAACUCCGAUCAUAAUGCUAUUUUAGUUGAUACGGAUUCACGUCCAGUUCGGGCUGCAAUGCGUUCUUUCCGGUUUGAGUCCGCAUGGCUGCUAGAGGAGGGCUUUGCGAAGGUGGUUGGCGAGGCCUGGCAUCAGUCCACGGGGAUGAAUUUCCAGCAACGCAUUGCGUUGUGUGGCCGGCGGCUCUGGCGAUGGGGAGGGGAGCACUAUCAACGGUUCGGGAGUCGAAUCAAGGACCUGCGUAGUUCGGUGGAACGGUUAAAAGAAGAUCGAAGUCCGCAGGCAUCUGACGAGCUUUUAUUGGCACGCGGGGAACUAGAGUUGUUGAUGCAGCAGGAAGAAGUCUUUUGGAGACAACGAUCGAAGCAGCUAUGGAUGAAGCACGGUGAUUCAAACACCAAGUAUUUCCAUAAAACCGCCUCUGCACGUAGGCGCCGGAACCUUCUGCUGCGCGUAAAAGACCCGGGCGGGACGUGGAAAGAAGGAACCGUUAUGCACACGGAAAUAUUGAGGUAUUUUAAUGAAAUUUUGUGUUCCGAAAACAGCAACCCGGGACUGUUUCACUGUGUCCAGCGCGGGGUAACAGAUGAGAUGAAUGGCGCAUUACUGCAGCCAUUCACAAUUGAUGAGAGUGUGCCAGAGGGUCUUAAUGCCUCCAAUAUUGUGUUCCUGCCUAAAAAGAAAAUCCCGGAAAGAGUGUCCGAUCUACGUCCGAUUGCUCUGUGUAAUGUGAUAUAUAAGAUAUUGGCCAAGAUGUUGGCUAAUAGAAUGAAGGGGAGUCUGACACAGGUUGUGUCUCAAUCUCAAAGUGCAAUCGUGCCAGAGAGGCUUUUAACUGAUAAUAUUAUUUUGGCGAGUGAAAUUGGGCAUUAUCUGAGAAAGAAGACCAAUGGGGUUGUGGGAUGGGUGGCGCUUAAGCUAGACAUGGCUAAAGCGUACGACCGUAUGGAAUGGGCGUUCCUAGAGGGGAUGCUGGGGGCACUGGGAUUUGAUAGAGGGUGGAUAGAGUUACUGAUGUUGUGCGUUUCAACAGUAAGCUAUUCUAUACAGGUGAAUGGGGAGGCCGUAGGCACGGUUUGUCCCACUCGGGGUAUUAGGCAAGGGGACCCGCUAUCCCCUUAUCUAUUCAUUAUAUGUGCCGAGGGUCUAUCCAUCCUUCUCCAACAGGCGGAGGCAAGGGGGGACAUUCAUAGUGUGCGUGUGUCUCGGGGGGCUCUGGCCAUAACGCAUCUAUUCUUUGCUGACGACAAUUUACUGUUCUUCAGGGCCAAUCAACAGGAAGUUAUGAAAAUUAAGGAGUGUUUGGACCGUUAUAGUGAGGCAUCAGGACAGCGGGUUAACUUUGACAAGUCAAUUGCAGUCUUCAGUUUAAACACAGUUGAUGCAAUGCGAUCUUUGAUUUCGUCAUGCCUUGGGGUGCGUAUGGCCACUGACUUAGGCCGUUAUUUGGGUCUCCCAUCAGUCCUUGGUAGAAAUAAAUCGGCCACAUUUCGAUAUAUCGAAGAGAAGGUACGGGAACGUAUUGGGUCGUGGCAAAAUCAUUUUCUGUCGAGAGCAGGUAAGGAGGUCUUGCUCAAAAGCAUCGUGCAAUCUAUGCCUAUUUUUACUAUGUCGACUUUUCUAUUACCACUCCGUACAUGUGAUAUACUUGAGAAAUUAUUCAACCGAUUUUGGUGGGGUGGCGGUGCAACAGGAAGCAGGGGAAUUCAUUGGACAAAUUGGAGAAAAUUAUGUGAACCGAAACUGAGAGGUGGCCUGGGGUUCAAAAGACUGCACGAAUUUAACCUCGCUCUUCUUGCAAAACAAGGAUGGCGCAUUGUAAUCCAUCUCGACUCGUUGGUGAGCAGGUUGCUGAAAGCCAAAUACUUCCCGAAUUGCGGCUUCAUGGAGGCAAAAAUAGGGGGCAUUCCAAGUUAUAUCUGGCGCAGUAUCCUCGCUGGGCAGGAAGUGUUGAAGUUGGGGUUAGCCAGACGAAUCGGCGACGGUGUGGACACCAAAAUCUGGGGAUGGCCUUGGCUUGCGAACUCCUCCAACCCGGCGAUCAAUACUCCAUGCGUGGAUGAACUACAAGAUGCUAGGGUGAGUGGUUUACUUACUGAUCGCGGCUGCUGGGAUGCAGAAAUUGUGUCCGAUAUUUUCCAAGUCGAAGACGUCCAACGUAUUUUAACCACUCCGGUUAAUACCCAGUUCAAGGAUUCAUGGCGGUGGUUAGGAGAUUUGCGGGGGAUGUACACUGUGAAGCAUGGAUACCGUCUUAUUACGUCCAUGGAAGGGCAGGAUGAUACCAAUGUGAGUCCUACGGCCUGGAAAAAGUUAUGGUCACUGCCGGUCCCUCCAAAGGUGAGAAAUCUACUUUGGCGGUGUGCUCGUGGGGUGUUACCAGUGCGCAAAAACUUGAAAUUGAAGCGGGUGUGGAUUGGCGGAGGAUGUCCACUGUGCGGCUUCUAUACCGAGACUGUUAAACACUUGUUUGGGGAAUGCAAUUAUGCGAGAGAGGCUUGGGGAGAGGAUGGUGUUUUACAAGGAAGGAACUUGCAACAAUUUAUGGACCAGUAUCUCGGAUUAGUCAAUGCGGAUCAAGCCGUUAAUUUUGCUGCCAUCUUUUGGGUAAUCUGGGAGAUGAGAAACGAUGCGGUGUGGCGAAAUGUUUCGCCGAAUUUGGCGGGAAUGUGUGUGCGUGUAGCUGAACAUAUUACGAGCUGGAAAACAAGUUUCCGCAGGGGAAUGAGUUUGGAUGGUCACACAGGCAGUGUGGCUAUGUGGAAACCCCCUCCAACUCAUAUGUUAAAAUGCAAUGUGGACGCGGUUGUGUUCUCGAACGGAGCUGGGAUUGGGGCUGUCGUGAGAGAUCACGGGGGACGCUUUGUGGCAGUUAGAAAUGGUAGCAUACCGGACAGUAGCGACCCCCUAAUGGCGGAGGCAAUUGCGGCCAAGGAAGCAUUAACAUGGAUCAAGAGUCUACACUAUGACAAUAUUAUUUUAGAGUCUGAUUGCUUAAAUUUCUGUAAUGCUUUUAAUUCGCGUAAUUUUGAUUAUUCGUACGUAGGUCUGAUUGUUAAGCAAUGUCGGUGUAUUGCUAAUGACAUCGGUAACAUCCGUGUUUGCCAUGUCAAGAGAUCAGCGAAUCGAGUAGCUCAUGAGCUAGCACGGGCAACCGAUUCUUCGACUGUCUCUAGAACGUGGGAUUUUAUCCCGCCGCUUUAUAUCUCGAAUUUGUUGAGCUAUUAA